AUGUUCAUCCGCGCCUCCCGCCUCUCCUCCCGCUCAGUACCUCUUGUCCGCGCCUACUCGGCCGCGGCGCAGCAGCACGCCCUCCUCAAGCCAGCCUCCGAGGUUGUGCAGGGUGACGCGGCAGAGCUCGACGGCAUCCAGGUGCUGGUUCUGAACCGGCCCGACGCCCGUAACGCCCUCAGCAGGCAGAUGGUCGACGAGCUGCGUGACUACAUCUCUCGCCUGUCGACUGGUAAUGCGCGCGUGGCGAUCCUCCACUCUCUCGGACCCGUGUUCUGUGCCGGUGCCGACCUGCGCGAGCGUAAGGGCAUGAGCCAGCCCGAGGUCGCGCAGUUCCUCGACGACCUCAAUGCCAUGGUUUGCGAGCUCGAGGACCUCCCCAUCCCCACUAUCGCUGCUGUCCCGGGGCCAGCUCUUGGCGGUGGGACUGAGCUCUCUCUUGGCUGCGACCUGCGGACGGGCCAGAAGGAGACGUCGUUCGCACUGCCCGAGACCAAGCUCGGUAUCAUCCCCGGCGCUGGAGGGACGCAGCGCAUGACCCAUCUCAUUGGCAAGAGCAAGGCUAUGGAGCUCAUCUUUACUGGUCGCCGGGUUGGCGCUGAGGAGGCUCUCCGCCUUGGCCUCAUCGAUGUCUUGGCCAAGGACGGGCAGACCGCGCUCGACGCCGCUAUCGAUCUCUCCAAGCUCAUGCUCACUUCUGCACCCCUCUCCCUCCGCGCUGCCAAGCAGGCGAUCAAGAGCGCGCCUGGCACACCCAUCGAGCAGGGCCUGAAGAACGAGCGUGCGGCCUACAAGCCUCUCCUCGUGAGCGAGGACCGCAACGAGGGCCUCCGCGCGUUCGCCGAGAAGCGCAAGCCUGUCUUCCAGGGCAAGUAG